CUAAUUUCCCAUUACACAUUUCCCCUUCGUUCAAUUCCAAUUCUCAGUUUUUAUAUAAACCCAUACAUUCUUCCUAAUUUCUCUCCAUCAUAUCUUCUUCUUCUCAAUUUCUUCUCCAUUAUUCCACCGUUUUUUUAAUACUCUGUUUUCCUUCACAGUUCCGAUGACCAAAGGAAAAAGCUUAGUUCUCGACGUUUCCGGUUGGCUCAGACUCUACGACGAUGGCUCCGUUGAUCGGACCUGGAAUGGACCGCCGGAGGUCAAGUUUGUCGCCGAGUCUGUUCCGCCUCACGAUGAAUUCAUUGACGGAGUCGCCGUUCGUGACUUGGUGAUUGAUCAGAACUCUGGUCUUCGUGUUCGGAUCUAUUUACCGGAGGUGAAAUGCGGCGGCGAAGUAAAGAAACUUCCGGUUGUCUUACAUUUUCACGGCGGUGGAUUUUGUAUUAGCGAAGCGGAUUGGUUUAUGUAUUAUCAUACUUACACUAAUUUUGUGAAAUCCGCCGAAGCAAUUUGUGUCUCUGUUUAUCUCCGUCGAGCGCCGGAGCACCGUCUUCCAGCAGCGAUCGAGGACGGGUUGUCCGGUCUGAAGUGGCUUCAAUCGGUGGCUCUCGGUGACGAAAUCGAGCCUUGGAUUGUCGAAAACGCAGAUUUCAACCGCGUUUUCCUAAUCGGAGAUAGCGCUGGUGGAAACCUUGUUCACUCUGUCGCUGCUCUAGCCGGAGAAACCGAUCUCGCCCCGUUGAAAUUAGCCGGUGGAAUUCCAAUUCAUCCCGGUUUUGUUCGAGCAAAACGAAGCAAAUCAGAGAUGGAGAAUCCACAAUCGCCGUUCUUGAAUCUGGAUAUGGUAGACAACUUUCUGAACCUCGCAUUACCGGUUGGGAGUUCAAAGGAUAAUCCGAUCACAUGUCCAAUGGGAAGGGCGGCGCCGCCUCUUGAAAAGCUAAAUCUGCCACCGUUUUUACUGUGCGUUGCGGAGAAGGAUUUGGUAAUCGACACUCAAAUGGAGUAUUAUGAAGCAAUGAAGGCGGCGAAUAAAGAAGUGGAGAUUCUAAUGAGUAAAGGAAUGGGACAUAGCUUUUAUUUGAAUAAGAUUGCUUUGAAGUUAGACCCUGAAACUGCUGCUGAAUCGGACCGCCUCUUCGCCGGAAUUGCUCGAUUCAUUAAGCAACAUUAGAAGCGUUUCCCGGUGAAUAUAAUAAUGCUAGUUCUUAUCAACGACGUACGUGGGCGUGGGAAAUUUAAUUUCUUCAAAAGUUUAUAUUUCAAAGUUACACCUUGAGCCUUCAUCUAUUGAUAAAAUAAAUUUUAAAAUAACACAAAUCCUACUUUAAUUAA